AUGCAAAGCACACAAGGUCAGAUUUAUCCAGAGCAACAUCCUCAAUAUUCUCAAUCAAAAGAAAGGAUUCAUGCCCAAGCACAUGAAGUACAAUAUCAGCAAGAUCUGCAACGCAAAGAAAGUCUGCAAGUUGUUAAUCGGAUUUACAAUACGCAAGAUCAAGUAAAAUUACAAUUGCAAGUACAAGACAUAGAACCACAACGAGAUCCACAGUUGCGCGUAGAACAACCGAUUAUACUCUCGACUAAAUUAGUGGCAACCUCAUCACUUCCCGUACCUCAAGGACAAACACUAGCAGAGACUUCGCUAAUACUACGUUCGCAGAAACAAGAUACUCCAGCGCAACAAGGACAAGAAUAUGAUAUGAGUAUGGAAACCAUUACCAGACAAGUUAAGGUGAUUGACGAAACACCAAGUACUAGCCAAUCAUCGCAUCAACUAUCAGAAACUCGUACAGAAAAGGUUUUGGAAAAACGCAUCAGCCCACCAGAACAGCUAUCACAGCCACAUCCAAGAAAACUUGAUUGUAUGCACCAGAAUGACAAAGUAAACAGCGCUCCGAAUCAAAUUAGAAAAUGGUGUCUUGGAAUUCAGAAUUCUGGUAGUAUAGCCAUGAAUGUAGUCCAAGACAAGUUCUUUAAAAUCUUCAAAAAUCCAAGGAAACGAACAAGGAAUCAUUCGACGAGGUAA